UGGUGAUCAGGCUUGACCUCCCCUCGGUCUCUCCUUGUCCAAGGUUCGCGCCGGUUGACGACCUACUUGUGUUCAGCAAACAAAACUUUCUUAAAAUGGCGACCAUGCACAAAGUUUUCUACCAGUUGCCUGGGAAGGCUCUCCGUGUGUGUGUUACUGGUGCAGCAGGACAGAUUGCCUACUCCCUCCUGUACUCUGUAGCCAAGGGAGAUGUGUUUGGGAAGGAUCAGCCUAUCAUCCUAACACUGCUGGACAUCGCACCCAUGAUGGAAGUGCUGAAAGGAGUGGUCAUGGAACUCCAGGACUGUGCCUUGCCCAUCCUCCAAGAGGUCAUAGCCACUGCAGAUGAGAGGGAAGCCUUCACCGACAUUGACGUGGCCAUGCUUGUUGGAGCCAUGCCACGCAGGGAAGGAAUGGAGAGGAAAGACCUGCUCAAGGCCAACGCCAAGAUCUUCCAGUCUCAGGGAAAGUCCCUUGACCAGUACGCCAAGAAGACUGUCAAGGUUGUUGUGGUGGGCAACCCGGCCAACACCAAUGCUCUGAUCGCCAUGAAGUGUGCCCCUUCCAUCCCGAAGGAGAACUUCAGCUGCCUCACCAGGCUGGACCAGAACAGGGCCAAGUCUCAGAUUGCGGGGAAGUGCUCGGUACCGACCAGCGCAGUGAAGAACGUGACCAUUUGGGGGAACCACUCCUCCACGCAGUUUCCUGACGCCAUGCACGCUGUCGUGGUGAAAGACGGGAAGGACCUGAAGGCUACUGAGGCUGUCAAUGACGAUGCCUGGCUAAAGGGCGAUUUUAUCACUACUGUGCAGAAGCGAGGUGCAGCAGUGAUAGCAGCCCGCAAGUUGUCCAGCGCCAUGUCUGCCGCCAAGGCCAUCUGUGACCACGUCAGGGAUUGGGUUCAGGGCACACCAGAUGGUGAAUGGGUGUCCAUGGGCGUGAUCUCAGACGGCAACAGUUACGGCGUCCCCGAGGGGCUGAUCUACAGCUUCCCCGUCAAGCUGUCCGGCGGGAAGUGGACCAUCGUCGACGGGCUAUCCAUUGACGCCUUCGCACGCGAGAAGAUGGACCUCACCGCGAAGGAGCUUGCCGAAGAACGUGACGCAGCGUUUGAGUUUAUCGGCAAUUGACUACACGACACUUGGAAGAAGCACAAGCUUUAGAAUCUUUUGGCACAUGAAAUAACUGCGAUAGGCCUGGAUUUUACAGUUAGAAUCAAGGAGUGUUCCCUACACCGCAUGAUGUACAUGUUGCCUUAAGAGCAAAGCAGAGUGAUCAUAUAAUGUAUUAUGAAAAUUCUAUUAGUAUAUCAUAUCCACCAAGUGGUUGAUGUGUGAGAUUCUAUGGUAUAGAACACAAUUCAGAUUUUUAAAGAACAUGUAAGGAAAAUUCAUGGCAGCAAUCAAAACAGCCAUUAUGCUAUAGUUUUGCUUGAACUCGUGGCAGAAAAGAUAUUUGAAAGAAGAAAUAAAGAGUGCAGGUCAUGAUA